UCAAAUUUAACUCAAUUGCAAAGUCGGCACUAAACAAUGAAUGAAAGUGAUAUUGAAGAUUUAAAAAAGCAACUUUCCAUUGCGAGGAAUGAAAUAAAAAAUCUUAGACAACAAAUCAGUAACCUUCAGUUUGUGCACCAGAAAGAUGUUCAUACAAUUAGAAGCGCCCUGGAAAAUUUCCAAUGCGAAUCCUGCCGAUCGAAUAGCGGAAAGCUACCAGAUGCAGAACAGCCUGGAAACGACCACGAUGAAUCUAAUCCAGCGAGUGUUUUAUUUAGUCCUAUUGGUGUAAUUCGAACAGCAUUUUCCGAAAAACGAGCUGUUCCUCGCCAGGCAAAUGUAGCUUCUAAACUAAUCAGUCGCGUAGAGUUGAACCCAACCAUUUUCAACAACCCCGAACACUCAAUACAAGGAUUGGAAAGCUUCUCUCACGUAUGGAUUAUCUAUCAUUUCCAUCGCAACCAAGCGCAUCUGAAAGCAAAAGUCGCACCUCCUCGUCUAGGUGGAGAGCGCGUCGGAGUAUUCAGCACUAGAUCACCCCACCGCCCUUGCCCGAUUGGUUUAUCGUUGGUGCAACUUGAUAGAAUUGAAAAUUCUACUAUUUAUUUCUAUGGCACCGAUAUGGUUGACGAAACUCCUGUGUUAGAUAUCAAACCCUACAUACCUCAAUACGACGUUCCAGGGAAGAUUGAUGAGCAGCAAUUCUACAGCUCCAGAGAGGCACCAGAUGGUGAAGAAACCGUAGAACAAGCUACAGCGUCUAGCUCUAAGAGUAGCAAUACAAGUGUAGCCGUUCCUAACUGGAUAGCAAAUGGCUCAACGUUGAAGGUUGUGUUCAAUGUUAACUCGGAUCAACAAGUCGAAGAACUGACUGUAGAUAAGCAAUCAAUCGCUGAUAUUUUGAAAGCUGAUCCACGGUCAGUAUACCUGCGAACAAAAUAUGGAUCCCAGAUAUACACAUUUCAAUUGGGUGAGAAUACAGUUACCUGUAAAUUUGACGAUCAAAACUCUACUGUGAACGUGCUACAAGUACGAAAAGUUGUGAAUCUUAGUGACAUGAACGAGAGAACAGAUGAUAAAGAUGUUAAGUAAAUAUGUAUCAAUUAAAAAAA